AUGGAGCAAGACGAAGAAAGUAGUACUUUUAACACACAACCUGCGGAUGAGAACAGUUUCGAUCCAUCAUCUAGCUGCAGCUCAACGUCUUCGUCAAAUGCACAGGCACCAUACGCCAAAUUACAACCUCUACAGUAUCUGGUGCCAACAAUAGAAUUGCGCAAUGACACCUUCAUUUGCGGACGAGGCAUGCCCGGAGAAGUAGACUUUGACUUUAGCACUUUACGAGAGAAACACCGAAUAUACAAUAUUAUCAGCAAGCAACAUUUUCGUUUGAAUAGGGUUGACGGAUCCACAGUCUUAACUGAUCUUUCAUUCAAUGGCACAUUCGUAAACGAGAAGCUGGUAGGGAAAUCCUUUACGCGACCGCUGGAGAAUGGAGAUGUAAUAAGCUGUGGGCGAUCUGAUAUUCACAUGUUUUUGUAUGAGGAACGUGGACGAGAGAUCUAUCCCGCUGCGUUGUCCGAAAGGUACAUUAUGACUGACACCUCGCUAGGUAAAGGAGGCUAUGGAGUGGUUCUCCUGGCAAAACUGCGACAGAAUUGUCAGGUACAGGUGGCAGUGAAAAUCCUCGAUACUACGCAACUGUCUCGUCGGUUUAGCCGUGCUCUCUCUAAGGCAAAAGACGUGGAAAAGGAGGUGGCUAUAAUGCUGCAAAUUAACCAUCCUAACUGCGUAAAGUUCAUGGAUUGGAUUGAAACUGAGCAUAAGGCGUACAUUGUUAUGGAGAUGGUCGGCGGAGGUGAGCUCUUCGACAGGAUUGUAGAUCCAAAAUGGAAUGGAAUGGGUUUCGGCGAAGAUCUAUGCAAAUUUUAUGGCUGCCAGCUGCUAAGCGCGUUGGAGCACCUUCAUGGACUUGGUAUAACACAUCGGGACAUCAAGCCGGAAAACAUUUUAUGUAUGACCAAGGAUGACUAUACUGUCGUGAAACUGGCUGAUUUUGGGCUUGCUAAAGAAGGCGGUGGAUCUACGAUGAAAUCCUUUUGUGGGACCCCGGCCUACAUGGCGCCAGAAUUGAUUGAUAAUGAGAAGUUAGCGUACACUCCGAGAGUAGACAUGUGGAGCUUGGGUGUAGUGCUGUUUACUGGGAUAUGCGGCUACCCUCCGUUCAGUGAUGACUAUCCAGACAUGGAUUUACAUUCGCAGAUUAGAAAAGGUCGCCUCAUAUUCCAUAACCAGUGGAAAUACGUAACUCUUGAAACUCAAGACGUAAUAAAAAGGAUGUUGAAAGUUGAUCCUACUUUGCGACUUUCUGCAUGUGAUGCUCUGAAGAAGUCAUGGUUACACAAUUCUGUAGAGGUGUCUAAAGCCAAGGUGUUAGUGGAGAAAUACCUCCAAACUAAGAGAGCUUUGGAAUGCGUUCCCAUUCUUGGACAAUGA